AUGCCCAUGACCAAUUCACCUACAAUCGAUCAAAAGAUCGUCGGAAAGGCGGUGGAUAAACCGCUCAUCGUACGACGGGAAGUUCCUCAACCUCACUCACUCUCUCAGGCAUCUACAACGUGUCCUCCAGCUCCAACCUACAAUCCGCUGCAUGGAAAGGGAGAUGUCUGUCUGGUGGAACUCUCGCCAGUUCUCCAGCACAUUGCCAACAAUCAAAAGAAGGAACUCAUCAACUCUGGCGAUGAGGCCCGAAUUAAUGAAACUCGGAAGCAACUGGUCAGGAUUGAAGGUCAGGAGAAGGAAACCGAACAAAAAUUAAAGGACAUUCAGAAGAAGAUGGAAAGCAAAUUUAAGGCUCUAGUGACGAAGAAUCCCAAGUCCAAAGUGUGUGUGGAAUGUCUGGAGACUGAACUGGAGGAAACAAUGAAAGCUCUUCACCUCGCUACGGAGGGGAAAAAAGUAAUUCGAAGAAAUGAACCCCCGAGCAUGUUUAAAAAGAUCGGCUACAGUUAUUAUUACAUCGAGAAGAAAGACCCUGCGGAUUGGUUUGUGGCGACAAGCAAGUGUCACAAGUUGGGAGGUCACCUGGCGACCAUCCAGAACGAGGAGGAAUUGCAGGGCAUCUAUAAGGAAGUUAACAUCAAGGAACGCAUCUGGGUGGGCAUCACGGACUUGGCCCGAUGGGGCGAUUGGGUUUCCCUUGAAACGGGUGCUCCUCCAAUCUUCCUCAAGUGGGCCAGCAAUAAUCCUGAGUCGCAUAAACACCAGCGAUGCGUUUUCCUAGAGGGUGGAAUGAAGGAUGGAAGGUGCAACCGAAAGUAUAUUUAUAUUUGCCGAUAUUGAAUAUUUAUAUCUUUACU